AUGCUCGACCUCGAGGCGGGGAGCCUCCCAACUGGUUCACAUUACCGCGAAUCCAUGUAUCUCACUGGCUAUGAAGAGAUAGACUUCUCGCCCGUACAAAGGCAAGCUACAACGCUGUCGGUUAUGCAAGAGAAACUCAACAGGACGACCUCGAUAGCAUUAGCUUCGAUAGCCUCAAAAUUUGGAACCAAGAAGCCCAUCAGCCGCAUUUGCAAACUCUUCAAGACGCCCACCUCUAGCAAGGACGCUGAAAGUGCUAAAGAUAAGACUUUCGAGGGCAUACCGAUGCUGGACUAUUAG